GAACUGAGACCAGAACAUCCAGUCAGAGACGGACCGAGGAAGAGAGAGGGAGCGAGAUGGGCUCAGACGGAGGCUCAGAGUAGACCAUCGGGUGGGAAAGAGUAGGUUUAAGAAAACUGGCAUUUCUUUGAGGAUAGUUUAUCUAUUCAGCCACCUGGACCCUACCACUUCAGACCUGGCUAUGCCAUGCUGGCCCAGAGGAACGGGCUACCUCCAGGCUGUAAGCCGGUUCCUCUGAAGGAUCACUCUGACCUGCGGGAUGUGGAUGUAAACGCAGAGGGAUGCUGCUCCCUCUCUCCAUCCCCGUCAUCUGGAGGUUGUCCCUGGGCUCGGCUAGCCGGGGUGGAUGGCUGCUUGUCAGAGCCGUACUGUCUUUGGUUCCAGCUUUUGGCCAGAGCCUACUGGGGUGAAGUGGAACUGGGGCUCACUAGUCCUAACCGCAGCGUGUCCUGGGCUCGGCUCCGAGAAGCCUCCAGGAAGAACUGCGUACGAUCUCGGGCCAAGCAGAAGGAUGGGCGCGAUCAGAGCGAGGCGUCGGCCGCGGCUUCUCCUGGGGCCGAGGAGGAGCCUUUCUCCUGGCCGGGGCCCAAGACGCUUCACCUGCGCCGAACCUCCCAGGGCUUCGGCUUCACGCUGCGGCACUUCAUCGUCUACCCGCCCGAGUCUGCCGUCCACAACUCGCUAAAGGAUGAAGAAAAUGGCAGCCGAGGGAGACAGAGGAACCGUCUGGAGCCAAUGGACACCAUUUUCGUCAAGCAAGUGAAGGAGGGAGGCCCCGCCCACGGAGCUGGACUCUGUACAGGGGAUCGGAUAGUGAAAGUGAACGGAGAGAGCAUCAUCGGAAAGACCUACUCGCAAGUCAUAGCCUUGAUCCAGAACAGUGAUGCUUCACUGGAACUCUGUGUGAUGCCAAAGGAUGAGGACAUUUUGCAGCUGGCGUAUUCCCAGGAUGCAUACCUCAAAGGAAAUGAGGCAUACAGCGGAAAUGCCCAGAACAUCCCCGAGCCUCCUCCCAUAUGCUACCCUCGGAUAGAGGUUAAGGCUGCGGGCAUGGCGCAGUCAUCGGAGCCUGCCGCAGUCAGCGAGACCCCCAGAGGGCCGGUGCAGGGACCAGGAAGGCGAGGGGGGGCCACGGAGAAGAGCUAUCGAGUGGAAAUCCCUGUUCCUCCGUCUCCUCCACCCCAGCAGACGUCAAAGUCUCAAACGGUGGUGUGUGUCUGUAAUGAGAACGUGAGGACGGUGGCCAUGCCCCCUGAUCCAGUUGACAGGGGGUCUCGGGUGGCUCGGGCUGGACCCAGCCACAGGACGGAGGAAAACCGGUACGGUCCGUCAGCGGAUUCUGGCUCAGCUCGACCCAGACCCCUUAUUCCCUCAGUACCUGGGGGUGCACAGUUGCAAUACCCCUCUUCCCACCCCACAGAAACUCCAGUUUACUCCCCUUCCUCAACUUCUAGACCUGGUGCUAUCUAUUCUGACACCUUAUCUCCAGCUGGUCGGGCCCCCAACGCUGCCUCACCAGACACAUUCUCCACUGCCGUCUCACCCAGCUCCAACCACUACUCGCCGUCCCCCACAGCCCCUUCCACCUCUCCACACCAGAACAUUGACUGGAGAACUUACACCACCUAUAAGGACUAUAUUGACGCCAAGAGGCUGCACACGUAUGGCUGCCGCACCAUCCAGGAGCGCUUGGACAGCUUGCGAGCAGCUGCCAAUUCCAGUUCUGCCUACGCCCAGCAACGUACAACGCCUCCUCCUUGUACCAGUCAGCGGGGGGCUUCCCAGCUGAGGCGGAGGAGCGCAUCCAAUGACCGUGGAGUGGAUGCAAGUAGUCAGGGUACUGCGGUGACAACCCCAUUGCGCAGCGUCUCCCAGGAGAGGCUAGGAGGUGGAGCAGAGAGGACAAUAACGACAAGGAACUGGCCCCGUAGCGUUUCCCAGGAUGCUCUACCUUUCUCCACCCCGACGGGAGUCACCAAACCUCGGGCUAGGUCUUGCGACUACUUGGGCCAGCAGCCUGGAGAGCCAGGAGGGGUUUUCUCUGUAGACAGGACAGGGUUUGAGGACAGAUUGCUGCUGAGCCGUGGAGAGGAAGCCAGAGCUAGCAGGCAAGGAGCAGGCCUGAGAGCUUUACCUCAUCUGAACAGGAGUCUCAAUGGACAGGAGGAGGAAAGACGAGGAAGUGGAUUAUCUAACUCGCCUUUAGCUGCUCCUGUGUUUACUAAAGGUACGACGGAUUCUGCACUACCAUCAAGGACAGACGGUCUCAUAAUGAGGCCAUCGCGUCUGCCUGUCAAAACCUCCAUCUCAGACCCCUCACCUGCCUUAUCCUCCACUAAAACCACAGACCCUCUUAAAGACCAAAGAGCUAACAUCAUAGGCAACCACUUGGGCUACUCCUCCCCUCUGCACCUCCAGCUGAGGGGCAGGGCAGACAGUCUGAAAAUGGAGAGCAGGUCAGAAGCUGGGUUGGCAGCCAGGUCCUCCUCUUGCUCUGGUCCUUCCUCUAAACUGCCCAUGCAGAGACAACUACAAAGCGGAGUUGUCACCGCUUCCUCUGGUUCCUCCACCACCAACGGAGCCUUGAGCCAAAAGCCAAAGGUCAGAGAAACCUCUAGUUCCACCGGUGCACUUGUACGGACUAAUGGCGGCCUUGCAGAGGGUGUAGAAGGACCUGACGCAACGGUUGUGGUCCUAAGAAGGGACAAAAACUCUGCAUCCGCUCACAUUCGCCCUCCGUCCUACGUACUAGCUGUUAAUGACAACCAGGGAGGAGUGACUCACAAGUCACCACCAUUGGUGAAGGCAGGCUCUGCAGAUGGAGCGAUGUACUGGAUGUCUAAUGACAGCUGCAGGGAGAUGCAUCUAAGGAGGCUGGGAGACACACGGCAAAAAUCCGGCUCCAAUAACCUGGAUGACUCCCUAGAUUCAAUCCCCUUCAUAGAUGAACCGUCCAGUCCCAGUAUUGACCUGGACAGCACACAUAUUACUGCGUCUGCUGUGAUAUCCGCAACGCCCAUCAUCACCACCAUCCCGCCCAGCCCCACCUCUCCGUCACCUCUCAUCCGACGCCAGCUGUCACACGACCAAGAUUCUCUCCGUCUCACAAUUAUUGAGUCAGAUUCUGGUACUAAAACCGAGCGGUCCAAGUCGUACGAUGAAGGCCUCGAUAACUACCGGGAGGAAAGCAGAGGGAGGUCCUUGAUACCUGGUCUGAAAAGUCUUCGGAAGGCUGUGGACAGGUCAUCGGAAGAUUCAGGCUCCAGGAGAGAUUCCUCCUCUGAUGUCUUCUGUGACGCCACCAAGGAGGGUUUGCUGCAUUUCAAGCAGCUUCACACAGAUAAGGGCAAGCGCGUCGGAGGGGGCAUGCGGCCGUGGAAGCAGAUGUACGCCGUGCUGAGGGGCCACUACCUUUGCUUGUAUAAAGACAAAAAGGAGGGACAAGCUCAUGCCAACUGCCAGGCCGUGGACGAGCCCCUGCCAAUUAGCAUCAAGGCCUGUCUGAUCGACAUCUCCUACAGCGACACGAAGCGUAAGAACGUGCUGAGGCUGACCACGUCGGACUGCGAGUACCUGUUCCAGGCUGAGGACCGAGAGGACAUGCUGGCCUGGAUCAGAGUCAUACAAGAGAACAGCAACCUGGAUGAGGAGAACGCAGCCUUUACUAGCCAUGACCUCAUCAGCAGGAAGAUUAAGGAGUACAACACCUUGAUGAGUCCGACAGGCAGCAAGACGGAGCCGUCGCCCAGACCUUCACGCCAGUCGCUGAGCAUCAGACAGACGCUGCUGGGAGGCAAAGGAGAGACCAAAGCCACAAGUCCACACUCACCCAAACCCGAGCAGGAGAAGAAGAACAUGCACAAAGAUGAUACCAGUCCUCCCAAGGAUAAAGGGACGUGGAGGAAGGGCAUCCCGGGGCUGAUGAGGAAACCUUUCGAGAAGAAACCGUCUCCUGGAGUCACGUUUGGAGUGAGACUGGAUGACUGUCCUCCUGCACAGUGCAACAAGUUUGUACCUCUGAUUGUGGAGGUUUGCUGUAAGCUGGUGGAGGAGAGAGGUCUGGAGUACACAGGCAUCUACAGAGUCCCUGGAAACAACGCCGCCAUCUCCAACAUGCAGGAGGAGCUCAAUAACAAGGGCAUGAAUGACAUCGAUAUCCAGGACGAUAAAUGGAGGGACCUCAAUGUGAUCAGCAGUUUACUGAAGUCGUUCUUUCGCAAACUGCCUGAGCCAUUAUUCACCAAUGACAGGUACACAGACUUUAUCGAGGCCAACAGAAUAGAGGACCCAGUGGAGAGACUCAAAGUGCUGAAGAGGCUGCUUCACGAGUUACCAGAUCAUCAUUAUGAGACCCUCAAGUUCCUGUCAGCUCAUCUAAAAACUGUGGCCGAAAACUCUGAGAAAAAUAAGAUGGAACCAAGGAACCUGGCCAUCGUGUUUGGCCCCACGCUGGUGCGCACCACUGAGGACAACAUGACCCACAUGGUGACACACAUGCCGGACCAGUACAAGAUAGUGGAGACCCUCAUUCAAAAUUAUGACUGGUUUUUCACUGAAGAUGGAAACGGAGAGCCAGUGACUGUGUCCCAGGAGGAGAGCGCAGUGGAGUCUCAGCCCGUCCCCAACAUCGACCACCUGCUCACCAACAUCGGCCGUACGGGCACAUCGCAGGGUGAAGUAUCAGAUUCACCGACUAGUGACUCAGCUAAAUCAAAGGGUUCCUGGGGCUCAGGGAAGGAUCAGUGCAGCCGAGAGCUCCUGGUCUCCUCCAUCUUUGCUGCAGCCAGCCGCAAAAGAAAGAAGUCAAAGGAGAAGCCGCAGCCUAGCAGCUCAGAUGACGAUCUGGAUGCUGUGUUCCCCAAGAAGGAAAUCCCCGGCCAGAAGCCGAACCACCAGACUGAGGCGCAGAGCGAGACUCGCCCCAGCCCCAACGCCAAACCCAACGCAAAGCAACAAGCACGGGCAGAAGAGAGGAAAGAGAACGGCAGAACUGUGGAGCUCACACCUAAAGCCAAGAGAGAGCACAGAAACUCCUUAUUCUUGAAGGAGAAGACUCCGUCCAGACACCCGUCCCCCUCCCCAUCCCCGAAUAUCUCCGCCUCUCCCAACAUCAGCUACCAAGCAGCUCCUCAGGGGAAGUCCUCCCUGUCCGAUCCUCCGUCCCAGCUGGAUGAAAACACCUCUGACCUCGGGACGAUGAGCUCUGGAGCGUCAGUGCCACGAUCGAGACCUAAAAAGUGGACCGUGGGAGCCUCCCCUGAUCUUCCUGCAUGUGUCGGAUUGGGAGCAGGUGCAGGGGCGUCGGCCGGAGCAGAGGUGAGCUCCAUCACCUCCGACUACUCCACCACCUCCUCCAUCACCUUCCUGACCGGAGCAGAGUCCAGCGCACUGAGCCCGGAGCUGCAGGGCGGAGAGGAGGCAGACGACGAACGCAGCGAGCUCAUUAGCGAGGGGCGACCCAUGGAGACGGACAGCGAGAGCGACUUCCCGGUGUUUGCUCCUGGAGGUGGCAGCAGCCAGUCCACGCCCUGCCCCGAGCAGAACCAGGAGAAGACCGAGCCGAGAGGCGGAGGUGCCGCCGAGGGGAGCACCACGCCAAAACUGGAAACACGGCGCCUUUUCCCGUCGCACAGGAUGAUCGAGUGCGACACCCUCUCCAGAAGGUGGUCCCUGAGACAGAAAACAGACAGUGAAUCUUCAGUGGAGGGUGCUGCUGGGAGCGGGGAGCGCGGCGAAGGCAGGGCGGAGUCUUCCACUCGCUUGUCUCGAGUGCUGGAGGUGAUGAAGAAAGGGCGAUCCACCAGCAGCCUCAGCUCGUCUUCACGCAGCGAGUCGGAGCGUCCCGAGCCAGCCUGGCACCUCAAGAUCACCGAGCGGCUCAAGUUCAGGUUACGAACAUCCGCCGACGACAUGUUCGCCCAGAAGAACCGAGCUCCCGACGCUCGCGGUAAGAAGAAGAACAUCCGCCGAAGGCACACCAUGGGCGGCCAGAGAGACUUCGCAGAGCUGGCGGUCAUCAACGACUGGAGGGAGCAGGGCGGCGUGGACCAGGCGGCCGAACUCUCUGCUCUGGACCGCCUCAAGCCCAGAUGCUCCUCUCAGGACUUCUCCAUCCGGGACUGGAUCGCCAGAGAGCGGUGCCGAGGCUCCGAGUCGAGCGGCGAGGUCGCGCCCAAAGCCGUCCCCGAGGACGACCAUCCGGAAGCGCAGGAUGCCGCCCAUGAAACACCUCCACCUCCGGCCUCCCCGGGCGCUCAGCCAAUCGCGGGAGAGCAGCUGAACGGUAGCGGGCUGCAGGGCAAAAACAAAGCCUCCCUCGGGGCAGACGCUCACCCACACAAACUCUCUGGAGCACAAGUUGUCCGCUCACGGUUCUACCAGUAUCUGUGAAACGGCAAGAGUGUGGUCUUGUCCGGAAGUGUGCGCGGGAGGGGGCGGGAAACAAAACCAGGAUGAAUGUGUAAAUGUACGAAUGUGGGUAUUUUAGCUACGGUUACUGCACAAUAUUUUUUCUACAAAGUAUACUUUAUGUAUCUACUGUACAUACUGUGUAUAGGCUCUCAUGAUUGUUACUGGAAUAAUGCUGAAGAGAUGUUUAUGUGUGUAACUCCGCUGGCUUGCUGGCCAUACUGGAACAGACAAGGAAACAAAACAGUCUCCUGCAGGAUCGAACUCUACUAACGCAAGAACUUUGCAGUUGACAUGAUGAGAAACGAGGAUUGUUUUACAGCACUAAUAAAAGGGUCAACUUGAGUAUUACUGAGGAACGCAAGAGGAAGCCUUUUUUUUUUCUUCUUCUUUUUUUAAAGGAAUCAUGGUUCGGUUCUUCCUCUUCUAAGCGGUAUGAAGAAUGUAUUACUCUUUUUGGACUAACACUAGUUGCUUGUGACAAUACUGUCUUUUUCAAAACAAUAUGUAUUUGUUGUUUUUUUUGUUGUUGUUCGCCUGUACUUGAAGUACGUGGAAAUAAGUGAGGGCUGCUUUCUGAGCUGGGUGCUGUGGGAAGUUUCUAUGUUGUUGUUUUUUUCACAGUACAGUCACAACAGCCAGAUAUUAGCUUGAGGGACUGGAGGAUUAUUAUAGUUUUAUCAAAUAAAAGACUGAAAAACAAUAAUGAAAUGCUGAUACUAUAGUAUGUAAUGCUUGGUACAGUAGUUUUUAUUUCCAAACUUUGUCCAGUUGUAGUCCAAAAAAAAAAAAAAAAGUUUUUACAUAUUGUUUUUAUCUCAAGAAGAAAAAGAAGUGCCUCUUUUAUUUUUCUUUUUUUUUUUUAAACUGUUGUUUUAUAGACAGUUGUCCAGAUGAGAACGUUUGUUUUUAGGAAAGAAUAACCUCACAGGCAUUCCAGAUUUUUUCUUGUUCUUAGUUAAACUCAUAGCAACAUCAACUUUAUGUCGAUGUUUAUGUUUCGAUAAUUCAUGUUUUUUCCCCCCCCUCUGUGUUUUUAAAGUGCAGUAAAAUGCAUGGGCGCUUAAAAAAAUGUGGGAGAAAAAGGAAAAACUCAACAGAUUUAUCUUUGGAACUGCAUGAGACAAUGUUUGCCCAACAGUGAACAUCUCGCCUGUGUACAGCAAAACAUGGGUGUGACGCCCCCCCCAACCCCCCCAUCAACAAACACUGGAAAUAAAUAAUCUUUAUUAGAU